AUGCAGAACGACUCGCUCGUCCGCAUCCCUACGAACGCCUGGGACCAGCUGCGAGACCUAUACAAGGAGGACUGGCCGCGGCACGAGAUUGCGUACAACAAUGUGCAUAAUUACAUCCGCUGGAUAGAGCGCGAACCGCAGAUCAGUGCCACCUUGAUUGUGUGCAGCUUAAAUGACAGCUGGCGGGAAAAUGGAACCUACAUAAUUAUCGAUCACACCGACGUGUUCAUGUACACGCUGGAUCCCACGGGCGAAACGUUAAGGCGCAUGCUGUUGCUACUCGACUGGCACCACAGCUACCUAAUGAACAUGUGCCUGUACCGUGCGAUCGUCCUUGAGGUGUACCGGUUGCAUCGGCUCGAUAUCGCCUUCGACAGUGCCGACGUGAUCUAUUAUCUACCGCAGCAGGUGGCGCUGCAUUUCCGGUUCGAUUUACCUGUAGGACUGUCACUUAAACACAUCCCACCGCAAUAUGCAUCCUUUAUCUACAACCAGUGGUUGAACAAGUCCGUUGGCACGGAGUACUUUAUCGAGCGAAUGCUCCGAUGGAACGUUUCGAUGGGGUUGUUCUGUGAGGGCGUACGGGAACCGCUCGCCUGGUGCAUUCGAACACAAAAUGGCGCCCUCGGAUUGCUGGGAGUGGUCGCACCACGCAAGGGUUACGGCUCGUUGGUAAUAAAGGCAUUUGCUAGACGACUGGCGGAGCAAGGAUGCAGCACGUAUGCCAGCGUUCGCUGCUCGAAUGUAGCUUCACGGAAGCUUUUCGAGAAGUUGGGCUUUCGCGAGACUGGUGAGGUGACUUGGAUGAAAAAUAUGAAGAGCACAUUUAGCGGAACCGCGCUUCGGAAGGCAAUAAAAGCAUAG